AUGGACAUAGAACAAUGGUUCACCAUCCGAAGAGGGUACUGUGCACCUGUAGACGAAAUAACAAAAGUACCGCUCAAUCCUGAAAGAUGGAGUCCAGAAGAAAAAAAGAAAGCUCAAACUGACUCCAAAGCUUUGAACACCAUCCAGUGCGUACUCACAAAGAAAGAGCUCAACCGAGUCAACCCACAUGAGAACGCAAAGGAUCUUUGGGACAAGCUCAUCGAGCUACACAAAGAAACUCCUAAUUUAAAGGAUGGUGAGACCGCAAACCAACUCCACGCUCGAAUCAAGGGCAUCCUCAACAGACUCCUCCUAAUCGAGCAUUAG